AAAGAAGUUAUGCGCAUGAGUUUUCAGAAUCUGGGAAGACAAUGUAAAGCCCCGGAAAUAGAGCAUGGAAGGGUUGAUUUCAUUGAUCUUCAAUCUGGUGCAACAGCAAACUUCUCCUGUGAUGAAGGGUACAGAUUAAUUGGACCAACUUUUGCACAGUGUGUAAUUGUGGGAAAUGUAAGUGACUGGAGUGCGAAGGUUCCACAUUGCCAAGUGACAUGCGUGAGCCCAGAACUGCAGAAUGGCAGAUCUAAUGGGGUACUGGCUCCCUAUGGCCCUGGAGACGUUGCUGUGUUGCAGUGUGAGCCUGGUUACAUCAUGCGUGGGAGCUCUGAGACUCGGUGCCAAAAUGAUGGUAGCUGGGAUCCUCCUGUCCCCAUCUGUGAAAGAGUGACAUGCGUGAGCCCAGAACUGGAGAAUGGCAGACUGAAUGGGGCACUGGGCUCCUACGGCCCUGGAGAUGUUGCUGUGUUGCAAUGCAAGCCUGGUUACACCUUGCGUGGGAGCUCUGAGCCUCGGUGCCAGAACGAUGGUAGCUGGGAUCCUCCCAUUCCCAUCUGUGAAAGAAUUGGCUGUGGUGUCCCCACAAGGUUAAGCUUUGCUGAGCUGAAGAGCGAGUAUAGAAAUCAGUCCUACUUUCCUGUUGGGAAGACUGCAAACUAUACUUGCCGGCCUGGAUACACUAGAUACCCUGGUAUUCGACCCACUAUUACAUGCCUUCCAAAUGGAACGUGGUCAGAACCACUCGAGUUCUGUAACAGGAAAUCGUGCGGUCAUCCAGGAGAGCUGGAGAACGGCAGAAUUAAUGUCACAGAUCUGCUGUUUGGGUCAAUGGUCAGCUUCACAUGUGAAGAAGGGCACCGGUUGAUUGGAAAGUCUUACAUACGAUGUGUGAUUUCUGGCAGCCAUGUCGCAUGGAGUGGGGAUAUGCCCUUUUGUGAGCGUAUUCCGUGUUAUUCCCCUCCAGACAUCCCCAAUGGAAAGCACAAUGGGGACUUAAUGGAUGAAUUCUCUUAUGGGUCAGCUGUAACUUACACAUGUGAUAACGGUUACCCGCCGACUGGAGAGGCCUCUCUUUUAUGCACAACCGAGGAUGGACUAAACGGAGUGUGGCGUCCACGUGCCCCUCACUGUGGAGGUGGGGUUUGUAUUAGUUUGUUUCUUUGUAACACAUUGUUUUCUCUGCUUAGACCUGUUACAUACAUAGGAUUCUUUUUUCUCGUGUGUGAUCAUUUCUUGGUAGGUGGCUGCGGUGUCCCAACGAGGUUAAAUUUUUCUGAGCUGAAGAGCACGUAUAAAAAUCAGUCUUACUUUCCUGUUGGGCAGACCAUUGGCUAUACUUGCUUGCCUGGAUACAGUAUAAUCCCAGAGAUGCGAACAACUAUUACAUGCCUUCAAAAUCAAAUGUGGUCAGAAGCCUUAGAGUUCUGUAAAAGGAAAUCGUGUGGUCAUCCAGGAGAGCUGGAGAAUGGCGAAGCUGUUUUAACAGAUACGCUGUUUGGGUCAACGGUCAACUUCUUGUGUGACGAAGGGCACCAGUUGAUUGGACAGCCUUACAGACGAUGUGAGAUUAAUGGCACACAUGUUGAAUGGAGUGGUGGUGUGCCCUUUUGCAAGCCCUUGAUGUGUCCCCCACCACCGGCCACUCACUAUGGAAAGCAUGAUGCCAGUUCUUUGGCGGCUUUCCCCAGUGGAACGUAUGUUAACUACAGCUGUGAGCCCGGCUACGCCCUCGGAGGAGAGGCUUCUAUCUAUUGUACUACAUCUGGAACAUGGAGCCACCCCUCUCCUCUUUGUGAAGAGCCAAAGACAGGGUACUGGAAAAUCAUCUUUGUAGUCCUGGUGCUGAUGCUGUUUUUAGCGGUUUUCGUCUUCGUCAUCAGGAAGUGUAUAUCUAUGCAGAAAUCUGGCUCUUACUAUACAUUUGCGAACAAGAAUGAAACUACUAUGAUCCCCAUGGCUAGUGGUUACUAUGCUGAACUUCUGAGGUUCACUAUUGAAAAGAGCCUGCAUACAAAAAAGCAAAUACUUCUCUCAAACCAGGUAAAGGGACUGAUUUUGCAGGUUUCGGCGGGACUUUGGCCGCGGCCGGAGGAGUCGCUCUGCGUCAUGGGGCUGCUCGGGCCGAUCUGGGCGUUGCUGGCGCUCGCGCUGCUUCCCGUGGGAGCGCGAGGUGAUUGUGGUGUGCCUCCAAGAUUCAGUUUUGCUGAGCUGCGUAAGGUAGUGAACGAUUCUUCUGUUGGGACUAAACUGAGAUACUACUGUCGCUCAGGAUACACGCAUAAUGAAGGAAAGAGUCCUUAUGUUACAUGUACUGAAAAUUCAACAUGGUCAGCAGACCCUGAGUUUUGUGUAGGAAAACCAUGUAGACCAUUAGAAGUAGAAAACGGCAGAGUUGAAUUCACCAAUCUCCAGUUUGGUGCAACAGUCAACUUCUCCUGUGAUGACGGGUACAGAAUGAUUGGACCAGCUUCUGCUCGUUGUGUGAUUAGUGGAAGUGGAGUUGAUUGGGAUAAGGAGGUUCCAUUUUGCGAAACAAUACCUUGUCUUCCACCUCCUAAUAUCGCCCAUGGAUCCCAUAGUCGUGCGGGUGAAGAAGAGUUUGUAUUUGGCUCAGCAGUAACUUACAGUUGUGACAAGGGCUUCUCUCUUAUUGGAGAGGCCUCCAUUCAUUGUACAACGAAUGAUAAAGUCAAUGGAGAAUGGAGUGGGCCGGCCCCUGAAUGCAAAGUGGUCAGGUGUCCAGAGCUACAAAUCAAAAAUGGAAAAAAGCAAUCUGGAUUUGGACCUAACUAUUCAUAUGGAGACACAAUAGUAUUUGAAUGUGAUCCUGGUUAUACCUUAAGUGAUAACCCUUCAGUUAAAUGUGAAGCUAAUAGUUCAUGGGUCCCAUCUUUACUAGCCUGCCAACGGAAAUCGUGCGGUCAUCCAGGAGAGCUGAAGAACGGCAGUGUUAUUGCAACAGAUUUCCUGUUUGGCUCAGUGGUCCAGUUCAUAUGUGAAGAAGGAUACCGGCUGAUUGGAAAGCCUGACAGACGAUGUGAGAUUUCUGGUACGGACGUUGCAUGGAGCGGUGUUAUGCCGUUUUGCGAGCGGAAAUCGUGUGGUCAUCCAGGAGAGCUGAAGAACGGCAGUGUUAUUGCAACAGAUUUCCUGUUUGGCUCAGUGGUCCAGUUCAUAUGUGAAGAAGGGUACCGGCUGAUUGGUGAGCCUGACAGACGAUGUGAGAUUUCUGGAACGGACGUUGCAUGGAGCGGUGAUGUGCCCUUUUGUGAGCGGAAAUCGUGCGGUCAUCCAGGAGAGCUGAAGAACGGCAGUGUUACUGCAACAGAUUUCCUGUUUGGCUCAGUGGUCCAGUUCAUAUGUGAAGAAGGGAAUCGGCUGAUUGGGCAGCCUGACAGACGAUGUGAGAUUUCUGGAACGGACGUUGCAUGGAACGGUGAUAUGCCCUUUUGCAAGUUUGAAGCUGCUUCUUUACCAGUAUUGGUUCUCAAAUACACUCUUCCUGUGUCUCUUGGAAAGUACACUGGGGUUGACUUCUCUUAUGGGUUAGCUGUACCUUAUACAUUCGACCGUGGUUACCAGGUCAUUGGAGAGGCCUCUAUUAAUUGCACAACCAAGGACAGAGUAAACAGCAUGUGGAAUACAUGUCCUCCCCAGUGUGAAGGUUCCAACAUAAGCACAGGAGUCCUGGCGAUCAUAGGGGUGUUGUUGCUUGUCGUCGCCGCCAUCGUCGCCGCCGCCGCCGUCAUCGUCGUCAAGAAAACUAGCUUUUGCCGUUCUCAAGAAAACAAGUACCAAAUGCCUUUGGACAAUGUAAUGGAAGAGAAAACUUGAUUUGCACCCCUGCAGGCAGAAAACCGCUUUUCCUCAUUGUCGUGCAUUUUGUUUGUUUUCUGUGGUGAACAUGGAAGCAUUUUCUUCACCUUCUACGUGGACGUGGAUAUUUUAUAUUCUCGCAAUGAAGUUUGAGGGGAAAAUGCAAAGUUAUAAUGUGUGGUCAAAACUGUUUCUGUAGCUGCUUUUCUUAGAUCCUUAUAGUGGGAAAGGUCAACUUUACACAGCACCAGAUUGUAGCAUUUAGACUGUCCUCCUUUCUGACCUCUUGCUGUUGUCCAUGAAAAUGCCUUGCUUGCAGAUUUCUAAGAUGAAGACAAGUGGCAGCAUCAAGGAUUAUGCUUUGGCCUUCUUUCACUUUCAUGGAACUUCUUGACCCUGAGCAAGUUGACUGAGCUGUCUGUCAUCUAGAAGAGCAUGCCUUGAUUAGAAACUUCAAGAACAAGACCCUGAACUUCCUCCUGAGCUUGCUUCAUUGACUGACUCAGCUAUUUUCUUGAAAACUUUGUGGAGGUUGUGUGUUUGAAAAAAUUAAAGAACCUUUAAUUUUGAAGAGUUGCUGGAUUAUAAAAGGGCUUCAUGAAUGCCAUUCCCAUCACUUGCUCUUCAAAGACAUGGCACUGGAUAUCCCUUGCACUACUGUAAAGAGACAAUCAGGUUUUUUAUAAUGUUUUAUGUUUAUAGGAGUUAAAAUUACAGCCUUAGAAUGAAAUUUUGUCUUCAAUAUUUUUUCUUCUUGGAUUGCUUAUUUAAAAAUAAAUACGACUUUAGAGGCCAGAAGCUACAGGUUAACUUGUUAAAUCAAAAGCUUUAUUUAAAAUUGUCUGAAAUUUAUAAUAUAUUAUCUGGGAAAAAUAAAUGUGUUCAGAAAAGAGGAAUU